CGCUCAGGCACUCCCCUCCUCUCAACGUCAUUCGCUGGCACUCAAUAUUCCGAUAUGGAUAAUACAAGCAUGAUCAAACCCAAGGAUGUGCUGAGAGUACUAGACGCGUUCUUUCCACUCGUGCAGAAAAUCGGCCUAACGUUGUCAACCGGACCGCUUCGCUGUCGGUCCGAGCUCGUUCUGCGGGAAAUCGUCGGACUUACCUCAGACCUACUGAUAGUUUAUGUACCUCUGAUCAGUCUGCGAUGCCACGAGAUCCGUUCCAGCUCCUCUUGAACCCACGCCAUGUCUCUCCUCAAAGUUGACGGCACGAAACUUGUUGACGAAGAAGGAAAGGAAACCAUUCUGCGCGGUGCCGGACUGGGAGGAUGGAUGAACAUGGAGAACUUUAUCUCGGGCUAUCCGGGCUGCGAGUUCCAAAUCCGCCAGGCUCUCGGAGAGGUGGUUGGACCGGAAAAAUCUGAGUUCUUUUUCGACAAGUUCCUCGAAUACUUCUUCCAGGACGCCGACGCCAAGUUCUUCAGUGAAUUGGGACUGAACUGCAUUCGGCUUCCCUUCAACUAUCACCAUUUCGAGGAUGACAUGAACCCUCGCGUUUUGAAAGAAUCCGGCUUCAAGCACCUGGAUCGGGUCAUCGAUCUCUGCGCGGCGCACGGAAUCUACACGAUUCUUGAUUUGCAUACCGCCCCGGGAGGACAGAAUACCGAUUGGCAUUCGGAUCACGGUGGUCAUAUAGCCAAUUUCUGGGUGCACAAGGACUUCCAGGAUCGCACUAUUUGGCUGUGGGAGAAGCUCGCGGAGCACUAUAAAGGAAACAAAUGGAUUGCCGGGUACAAUCCUCUGAACGAGCCGACUGAUCCUACCCAAAGUCGGCUGAUUGACUUUUACCAUCGCGUCCACUCUGCGAUCCGAGCCAUCGACAGCGAGCAUGUGAUCUUCUUCGACGGAAACACUUUCGCGUCCGACUUCUCGCACUUUGGAGAUGCCCACCAGAAGUGGGACAACACAGCAUACUCUAUCCACGACUACUCCGUGUUCGGCUUCCCUGCUUCGCCGGAACAAUAUGUCGGUAACGACCAGCAAUUGCACCGCUUGAAGAGAAGUUACGAGAAGAACGUGAAUGGAUGGAUCAGCGGGGGCUGUGUGUUUGGAACGGAGAGUGGGGCCCAGUCUACGCCCGCAAACAAUACGAAGGCCAGGAAACGGAGAGAAUCAAUGCCGAGCGCAUUCAGGUGCUCAAGGACCAGCUUGACAUCUACAACAAGUUGGUCAAUCUGGCUCUACAAAGAUAUCGGAUUCCAGGGCAUGGUCUAUGUUGACACCGAAGCUCCGUACAUGGCUUUGUUCCGAAACUUCCUUGCGAAGAAGCAUCGACUUGCUGUGGAUGCCUGGGGUGCUGACGACGUCGCUGUUAAGCAAGUCUACCAGCCCAUUCUUGAUCACAUUCUCCAAGAAAUCCCCCCUGAAUUCCGGGAUCUGUACCCUGCUCCCGUCUGGCGCUUGUCGGAUCGUGUCGCCCGACUGUCGAGAAACAUUCUGGUCAGCGAGUUCCUCGUCAAAGAAUGGGCAGAGCACUUCCGAGGUCGAAUUGAUUCGUGCAAAGACUUGGACGAGUUGGACAAGAUUGCCGCCAGCUUCAAGUAUGAGGCUUGUUUGAAGCGCGAUGGCCUGAACAAGAUCUUGACCGCCAACAGCAAGGCUGUCGCCUGA